UAACUGUGGUUUGAAGACGCUGUUUAUUAUGCCUAGUGCCAGGAUUGUUGGGGAGAUACCAUCACAUAGUAGCCGACAAGAUUCUCUUUAGUCACUGUAUGGAUAACAUUUACCUGUCAAAAGCAGUAUUCCUAUCCUGGAUGCUUUUGUGCAUAAUUUGGAUCUCUUGAUAUCAAUUUCAAGACAUCGCUUGGACUUUGCUAUUGUGUAACAAUGUCUGUCCGUUUUCACCAUAUCGAGUCCACUGGUCUAAUUUCCAAUUAAAACAUUUGGCGGCAACACGUUUGGACUUCAAAGUGAGACCGGGGACGAGCGUUUCGUUGGACGUUCUGCAACAAUUUGUUGCAACAUUCAGGGCAAAGUGAUGGCGUCGUUAUCACUUCGGUUUGCCAUGGCAACAUAAUCCUUUAAAAAAAAAAUUCAGCCGAGUUCUCUUUUGGGUGACAUUUCUCGUGGUGUUCAAUUAUGUUCACUUUCGCUGCCUUCUGCUAUAUGCUGUCGCUGGUCCUCUGUGCUUCUCUGAUCUUCUUUGCGAUAUGGCAUAUAACAGCCUUUGAUGAGCUGCAGGCAGACUUUAAGGUCCCCAUCGAUCAGGGCAAUCCACUCCAUGCGAGAGAGCGACUCCGGAACAUUGAGAGAAUCUGCUGCCUGCUGAGAAAGUUGGUGCUUCCAGAGUACUCUAUCCAUGGGCUGUUCUGUAUCAUGUUCCUGUGUGCCCAGGAGUGGCUGACAGUGGGCCUCAACAUCCCCCUCCUCUUCUACAACACAUGGAGGUACUUCCACAGCCCCACAGACACUAAGGAGCUCCUCUACGACCCAGCCUCGGUCAUGAACGGGGACACGCUCAAGUUCUGCCAAAAAGAGGCCUGGUGCAAGAUGUCCUUCUUCGUCCUCUCCUUCUUCUACUAUCUCUACUGUAUGGUCUACUCCUUGGUAACCUCAUAACAGCAGAACUCUCUGUAUUUGAGCCAUCCUCCGGAUAUCAGAGACUGAUUUCUGGAAUAUGAGUUAGCUAGCGCAAACAACAACUUUGGAGCAAAAAAGAGCACUUUGUGUCACAGCUUUUCUGUUUCAUGAGAAGAAGGACAGUUGUUGAGUCUGGGCUGUGCUGGUCUGGUCUGGGGGGGAAGGAAGGAAGGGUUUCAGCACCAGUCCCCAUCGUCUCCUCAUGUAACGAGACCUUACAGUACUGUUUACAGUGCUCUGUAGGUCAACAGCCCAUGAUGAGUCACAGCGACCACCAUAUCUACUUUUGUCUGUCACUGCCUGGCCAAUGUUUGUACUCACAGCCUGUCCUGGAGAAGUACAGUAGCACCACCACUACCAUAGUAGGACACAGUAGUGUUUUGUUUUUGUUUUUAUGGGGUGGAUCCGCUUUAAUAUUGCAGAUAGAUUGUGGCUUUAAAUCAAUGUAAUUGUCUGCGUCGUUGCCAAUAUCUCAUAUAUUUUUGGGGGAUAAUAUGUAUUUUUGGGGGUUAAUAUUUAUACAGUUCCAGUCAAACGUUGGGACACACCUACUCAUUCAAGGGUAUUUAUUUAUUUGUACAAUGUUCUA